GACUGUCUGAGUUAAAGCGAGAUCCAGAAAUCACUCAAUUCAAUUCACCUUCAUUUGUGUAGCGCUGUACCUAAAUCAUCAUGCCGUUCUCUGGGAAGUUUGAGUUGGAGAAAUACGAGGGUUGGGAGGAGUUCAUGACGGCCAUCGGUCAUCAAGAGCUGCUCAAGAAAGCCAAUGAUGGGAAAACCCAGUUUGAGAUCCAGGAGAACGGAAACGAUUAUUGUCUGACCACCAGAAGUGGAGGAAAAGUGCUGAACAACAGCUUCACCAUCGGGCAGGACACUGAGAUCCAGAUGCUGAGCGGAGACAAAGUCAAGACUGUGGUGCACAAAGACGGACAGAAGCUGAAGGCAGCGCUGGGCAACAUCACUUUAACCUGGGAGCUGCUGGAUGAAAACACACUGCUCAUCACUCUGAGCACCGCAGACAACGUCGCCUACAAGCGCUUCAGCAAACGUGUGGCGUAAACAGAGGGGAAAGCACACACACCAGAGAGAAAAUGAGAAGACGAAUGCUGAUAAAGUCUGAAGUCUUGAUUUCUCCUGAGAAAAAUACAGAAAUAAACUUACAAAGAAAAUAAAAA